ACGAGCAGAUGUUUUUUUAGAAGUUAAAUAAUUUUAUAAUUAGAUUUGAUGAUUUUUUAAUUUAGGGAUUUUGGUCUGACGCAUGUCUCAAGUGGAGACCUUCUCAGGGCACAUAUGCGUGAUGGAACUGCCCUUGGAAAGGAAGCGAAAGCAUUCAUUGCCCGAGGAGAUCUUGUGCCCGACUCUGUCAUGGUUGGUCUGAUAGCUUCUGAAUUGAAGAAGCUAGGAGAUGCUCCCUGGCUACUGGACGGGUUUCCUAGAACCCAACCUCAGGCGGAAGCUCUACAAGCUGAGACUCCUGUGAAUGUCGUCGUCAACCUGGAUGUUCCCUUCGACACUAUCAUUGAUAGGAUCAAGGAUCGUUGGAUCCAUCCUGGAUCUGGGCGUGUUUACAACCUGAUCUUCAAUCCUCCCAAGGUUGCUGGGAAAGUAAGUUUAACGCGCGUUAUAAAACAGUUUACAGGGACUUUAAGCUUAACUUCAAGGGAUUCUCCAUCUCCUAUUUAUAACAUUGCUAACACUGCUCCAGUACUGGAUUACUACCGGAGUAAGGGAAUUCUCCAGGAUUUCCAUGGAACUGAAUCUAAGAAGAUCUGGCCCCAUGUUGAGAACUUUCUCAAAACUAUCGUCUAAUCUAGAUGGAGGAUACUGGAUUAGCUAACCAUCUAAUAGAAUGCAUUUACAACAAGGAAUGGAAUCCAUUUUUAAUAUUCUCAAU